GGGCCUCCCUGCCCGUCGGCGGGAGGGAGCGGCUGCGGCGCGCGCGGGGCCGCCAUGAGGUAGGCAGGAGCCCCCCGUGGCCGAGUGAGGCAGCAUGGCAAUGUUCUUGGGGGCCAGGAACGCCCACUCGGUCCUGAAACGCUUUCCCAGAGCCAAUGGCUUCCUGGAGGAGAUCCGCCAGGGCACCAUCGAGCGGGAGUGCAUCGAGGAGGUCUGCAGCUACGAGGAGGUCAAGGAGGUGUUCGAGAACAAGGAGAAGACGAUGGAGUUUUGGAAGGGCUACACCAACUCUGUCUACUCUGUCAAGGACCCUGGGCACAGCACGGAGCGCUCUGACGCCAUGUACGUGGUGGUGCCCCUGCUGGGAGUGGCCCUUCUGAUAGUCAUCGCCCUCUUCAUCAUCUGGAGGUGCCAGCUUCAAAAGGCCACCCGCCACCGCCCUUCCUACGCCCAGAACCGCUACCUGGCCAGCCGGACGGGACGCAGCCUGCCCAGGGUCAUGGUGUACCGGGAGCGCUCCCACAGCCAGGGGGAAACCCAGUACCAGCGGGAAGCCAGCACCCGGGGGGCUGGAGACGGCAGAGCUGGGGGCACCCCCCCUCAGCAAGACAACACCCUCUGCCCGCCAGAGCACUCGGCCUCCAUCCUCUCCAGACUGUCCAGCGCCACCCCCCCGCCUUCCUACGAGGAGGUGACGGGCCACCCCGAGAGCAGCAGUGGGGAGGAGACCAGCGUCUCCUACAGUGACCCGCCGCCCAAGUACGAAGAGAUCGUGGCCACUGCCCCUGCCGCGGGCAAAUAGCGGGUCUGCCUCCCCCCUGCCUCUCCACACACUCACACCCACCUGCCCACCCUCCCUUCGCCGUGCCUGGGACCCCCUCCCGGUGUCCGUCGGGCCCCCCCGCCUCACCUGUACGAGCCGGUGCCAUCACACAAUAGCCUUACCCUCCUAACCAAAAACAGCUGUCCCAGGUGGGGUGAGGCAGGGCUGUGGGGGUGGCUGUGCAGCCAGCCAGCCAUCUCCUGCCCCUCACUCCCCGCUCACGUAAGUGCUGUAGCAGCCAGAGCCGAGCAGCAGCUUGUUCCUGGCUCAACGCAGGGGUCUCCUCAUGGUGCAUUUGAUCCCCUCACCUCCCCCUCGAGCAGACAUAACAUUUCCCAUGAUCAGAACAGCCUCGCUGCCUCCCUGGGCUGCUGCUCAGCCUCACCCCAUGUCCCCACUGCCCUGUUCUGAUCGGGAGCUGGGGGUGCAGGAUGGGUGUGGCAAACUUCUGUCCAUCCCCACAGUUGGUGUCCACGCUCUGUGUUUGGGGAGAUGGUUCUUCCCCCGUGUGGAUUUGUUGCCAAGUGGGAUUGGGGAGCCUGGUCCAUACUCUGGUGCCUGUAGCAAUAUUUGCUGUCUGGAGAUCAGGGAGGAGCAGUAAGGAAGGUGCUCUCCUAGAUCCCUUUGGAAAGGGGGGAAGGCUCAUGGUGGUCUUGUACCUGAGGUAAGUGGCUUUGGAGCAGCAGAGUCUUUUCCUGAUGCUCUCUGCUUUCCCCCUCUGGGGUGCUGGGCAGCUGGAGGUCUGGCUAUGGCAGAGCUGGCCAAGAGGGUCAUCUCUGAUCCCAAGCCAAUCAUGGUCCCAUGGCUUUAAAUGGUGAGGAUGCUCCUCUCUCCUGGAGCGUGGCCUGCCUGGUGUCUGUCCCAGAGGUGGCAUUGUGGCACAGGGAACCUGUGGACAGGCCAAACCUCCCCUCUCCCUACUCCAAACCACUCUGCCCUGCCUGACCCCUCUCCUUGGGGUUCUUUCUCCUCCAGAUCAGGUAAAGGGGAAUAUGAGGCCCCAGUCUCCUGGUUCCUCUGGUGGGCAGAGUGCUCAGUGGCCAGGGCUGUGGAUGGGGGGCUUGCUGACAGGAGUGGCAGCCACAAGACCAUGCCUCAACCUGGCCAUGCCAGUUGGGAGCAGGGCCAAGCCCUGCCUGGGUGAUGGUGGAGCCAGGGCAAGGCAGAGCUGGGUGCUUUGCUGUGGGACCAGAGUAUCCCUUUUUCCUGGGCCUUUGGGGUCCAAACGGGGCUGCCCUUUCCCAGUCACGUCUGAUAGAUUAAAACGGAGGUUGUGCUCACCAACCCCCCCAAAAACUCACAGCACUGCCACCACUUGGUGUUCACCCCAGCACCAGCGUCUCCACCAGCACCAAAAGGCUAUUGUCCAUCCAUAGGUGGCCUGCAUCCUGCUCGGUCCCAGCGAUGCUCUCACAGCAGGUGCCCUCAGCCCAGAGCUGAGGCUUGCCCAGCGUGGCUUUCCUGGGGCAAGACAUGCUGGCACCUUGUCUGUCCCCUCCCCAACCUUAGCAAAUCGAGGUUAUGGGGAGACCAGAGCCUGGAAAAGACCGGAGGGAGGCAGCAGGGUGCUCUGCAUCCUCUGUCUCUGAUGCUCAGUCAUUAUCCCCGCAGUUUGUACUCUGUAAAACUUCGUAUAUUUCUGUGCAAAAAAAAAAAAAAAAAAAAAAAGGUAUUUAUUAAAAAACCCUCACUGUCUUAACGGCACAGGGUGGCUUUUUCCCACAGAGGGUGUCGUGGUUUAAACCCAACUGUCAACUCAGCCCCACUCAUCCACACAGCCCCCCCCUCGGUGGGAUGGGGGAGAGAAUCAGAACAGUAAAAGUGAGAAAACUCGUGGGUUGGGAUAAAGGCAGUUUCAAGAUUAAAGCUCUGCGUGCAAGGAAGGCAGGAGAAGGAAUCCAUUCACCACUUCCCAUGGGCUGGCAGGUGCUCGGCCCUUCCCAGGACACCAGGGCUCCAUCACACGUAACGGUGACUCGGGAAGGCAAAUGCCAUCACUCCAAACAUCCCUCCCUUCCUUCUCCCCCAGCACAGGGGAAAUGUCUCACUGGGCACAGCUGGAUUUCCAUCUCGGGGCGUGCUGGGGCUCAGCUCUGU